GGGGCUGCGCAGGAGGAGCGCUCCGCCCGGCUACAACGCUCCGCGGGCCGGCGCGGCAACACCUGUUCGCGACAGCCAGGGCGGCACGCGAGCUCCCGGACGCGGCUCUCCUCGCUCGCCGCUCGCCACCCGGGCUAAAGCCAAUGGACCUCUGCCGAGCUGCUGGAGCAUUCUGGAUACUAGCGUUGGACGCCUAAAGUUUUUCCUUCUUUUUGCUGUAUUUUUUAUUAUUAUUAUUAUUUUGGAGGGGGGACCGGGAGGGGAGAUUGGUCGCCGCCGCCGACGAGAGAUUUUUUUUUUUUUGCCCCCUUGAAGGAUUCCUGCUGAUGUCUGCAGUCGGUUAGAGAGUAAAAACAGCGCAUGCCUUCCUGGAGUCAGGAUCCGUAAAUUCUGACGUAGCCCAUGCAUCUUAAAAAUCCCUAUAAUAACGCCUAGGCAUUUAAGUUGCUAUGGUCAUUCUGAUCUCCAAGCAAAUGGAGAAACUACGGAUUUUUUUUCCUUAUUACGGUCGCAUGGGAUGAAGACCUUCCUGCCUGCUGAGAGCUGGGGAUCUAUCCGUAGAGAUACCUAGAAAUGUUUAUCAAUAUGUCAGUGUGUGAGUAUGAAGUGGUGGUUUCUUAGACUCUCAGUGGUUUGACCUUGAACCUGUGCCAGUGAAACAGCAGAUUACUUUUAUUUAUGCAUUUAAUGGAUUGAAGAAAAGAACCUUUUUUUUUUCCUUCCCUCCUCUCUGUGCAACUGCAGUCAGGGGAGGGGAGUCGGAAUAUACCUCGCCUAAUAUCUCCUGGGUUGGCACCGUCAUUAUUGUUUAUUCUUGUGCUCCGAGAGCCCAGUCCUCCGAUGGCUCCCUUAGGUGAAGUUGGGAACUAUUUCGGUGUGCAGGAUGCGGUACCGUUUGGGAAUGUGCCCGUGUUGCCGGUGGACAGCCCGGUUCUGUUAAGUGACCACCUGGGGCAGUCCGAAGCAGGGGGGCUACCCAGGGGACCCGCAGUCACGGACUUGGAUCAUUUGAAGGGGAUUCUCAGGCGGAGGCAGCUAUACUGCAGGACUGGAUUUCACUUAGAAAUCUUCCCCAACGGUACUAUCCAGGGAACCAGGAAAGACCACAGCCGAUUUGGCAUCCUGGAAUUUAUCAGUAUAGCAGUGGGCCUGGUCAGCAUUCGAGGCGUGGACAGUGGACUCUACCUCGGGAUGAACGAGAAGGGGGAGCUGUAUGGAUCAGAAAAACUAACCCAAGAGUGUGUAUUCAGAGAACAGUUUGAAGAAAACUGGUAUAACACCUACUCAUCGAACCUGUACAAACACGUGGACACUGGAAGGCGAUACUAUGUUGCAUUAAAUAAAGACGGCACCCCUCGAGAAGGCACGAGGACUAAACGGCACCAGAAAUUCACCCAUUUUUUACCUAGACCAGUGGACCCCGACAAAGUACCUGAACUAUAUAAGGAUAUUCUAAGCCAAAGUUGACAAAGACAAUUUCUUCACUUGAGCCCUUAAAAAAAAAAAAAGUAACCACUAUAAAGGUUUCAUGCAGUGGGUUCUUAUUGAUUAGCUGUGUCGUCACCUCAGCUCCACUGUUGCCAAACUUUGUCGCAUGCGUAAUGUCUGAUGGAGCAUUGGAUGGGAACAUGCUGAUUUUGUUCUGCACUUAAAGGCUCAUCCCCCCGGAGGGCUGCCGAGGGCCCCCUGCUUGAUUUAGUGUGCAAGAAGGCGUGAGUGUGAGGGGUGUGUGUGUGUGUGUGUGUGAGUGAAUGGGUGCGUGGGUGAGGCGCAGGGGGAGAGCAGAGAGGACCACGGCCUGAUGCAUGCUGGGAAAUAGACACGCUUUUAAAUUUUUGAUCAGUUGUACUUCAUCCUAUAUCAGCACAGCUGCCAUACUUCGACUCAUCAGGAUGCUGGCUGGUGGCCUGCGCAAGGGUCUGCUGCAUUUUCAAAGGCAUGGAGGGUGCAGUUCUUACGUAAAAGACUUUUUUCAGUUAAUUCUCACUGGUGUCAUCCCAGUGAACUUAAAGCAAAGACCUCUUAGUAAAAAAAAAAAAAAAAAAAGAAAAAAAAGUUAAAUUUAUUUAUAGAAAUUCCAAAGGCAACAUUUUAUUUAUUUUAUAUAUUUAUUUAUUAUAUAGAGUUUAUUUUUAAUGAAAUAUGUACAGGCCAGAUAGGCAUUUUGGAAGCUUUAGGCUCUGUAAGCAUUAAAUGGAAAAGUCCGCUAUGAACCUGUGGUCAGUUCAUGCGAGGAGGUCUCACGGUGCAUGGAUACGAGGAGCUCUGACGACCCCCAAUGUACUAAAGGCGACAAUCUAUUUUGUGCCCGUAUUAUUGUAAACUUAUGCACAUCGCUCAUGACACUGAGUAUUCACUCUUCAGACUGCUUGUUUCAUAGCUUAUCCCAGAGGAUUAAAGAUAAACUGGGUCUCAACC